AUGUUGUGCUGUAAAGAACUUAAACUACUCUACGCAACUGUUGUUCUAUUGCUUGAAGCUGAAUUGUUGGUGAACACAGAUGCCAUGGAGUCGAAAAGAUCUCCAAUAUCUGUGACACAAAAUAUGGAUGACCUUAAAUCAUUAGAACUAUGUACAACCAGAAAUCAACAAAGGUUGGGUAGCGUGUUCGGUAAUUUUACAAGGCAUCAUAAGAAAGGCCAUAGGAGAAGAACAACGACAACCUCUUCAACUCAAACGACUAUAAUAUACACUACCAUUGAAAAUGACGAAGAUUCGACGGAAUCUUACACUAGUGCCUACAACAUAAGCACAGCUAUAUAUCCAAACUUACCCAAACCGCUCCACUUAUUAUCUAAUUUAGAUGAGGAUAAUGUAAAUAAUAUAGAUUUAAUAGAGAAUAGAGAAAACUUUGAAAAAGUUCGGGAAAGACAUCAUACUAAACAUCAUGAUCGAUUUCAAAAAGAAAUCAUAUCUGAACUAGAGGAAGAAUCACUAUCAAAAUCAUUAAAUAAAGUUAAGAAAAUGUACAGAGAUUCGACUGCAUCAGCAGUUAAUAAAUUAGGUGGUAAAAAUAUUAAAAACGGCAUAUUUUUGACUGAGAAUUGUACAACUGUCAUAGCUCAAAUAGGAACCACAGCAGUAUUACACUGUGAAGUCAGUGACAUAACUGAAAAUACUGUAACAUGGAUAAGACGUAAGGAUUACUCACUAAUGUCAGUUGGUCUUGUCACUUACAGCGCGGAUAGUAGGUUCUUUUCCGCCCAUGGGAGACACGUUAAGGACUGGGCGUUGCAUAUACGUUUCGCUACGUCCGCUGAUGCCGGAUACUACGAGUGCCAGGUGCCGAGGCAUCCGCCUACAAGCAUAUUUUUUAAACUCGUACUUGUAGCUGCCUAUGCGGAAAUUGUGGGUGAGUCGGAAAAAAUCAUCCACGAAGGCUCUAUGUUGAAACUGGUCUGUGUAGUCAAGAGAUCUACAGAACCACCGUCGUACGUCUUUUGGUAUUUCGAAAACCGGAUGAUAAAUUAUGACCUAAAUGGGGUGAGUGUCCACAACGGUCGGCAAACCAGUGAGCUGAUUAUCGGGAAAGCGGAACCUCGGCAUGCAGGCAACUACACGUGUGUUCCGGCUAAUGCCCGAGCCGCCUCAGUUACUGUACACGUCGUACAAAGCGAAACGCCAGCCGCAAUGCAGCACGGAAAUAAUUCUUCAGUUAAAAUACAACUUUCACAAUUAUUAUUUGCUAUGACAUUAUUAUAUAUAAUUCAACACAUUUUGCGAGGUUAUGGAUAA